AUGACAGAAUACGAAUCAACUUGGUUUAAAUUCCGCAAUUCUAAGCUUCAAGAGCUUAUGGAUAUUGAACCUCACGCUACCGAUCCUCCUACUACAGAGCAGGACAUGAUGGAAAACAGAGAUGAAGAUGAGAGGAUAUUGAACGAGUUACACGAAUUUCAGAUUUACGAAGGAGACAAUCGGACACAGACGCCGUUAACAAGCGGUACCUAUAAUCCGAUCUCUGCUUCGGAAAUUGAAUAUGUGCCUAUGCUUCCAGAGUAUCCACAAACCGACCCAAAAGGAUAUGCCUAUGUUGUGAACCUUCAGGGUUUAUGUAUAGAGGAGAAAGAGGAGGCAAUGCAGCAUGUUCAAUAUUCGCAUAAACGGGAUGGCCAGAAUCGUGAUACCUGGUAUUUUACGACACUAUCCAAAGAGGCUUCCAAAAUCAAACGGCCUGUGGAAAGUCAGAUGAAACCUGUGAUUUCCAACUCGAAAAACAUCGUCAUCUAUAAAGGCACUAUCCACCCAUCCGGUCGUGGUGAUUUAAUCAAGAGCUCGCCGAAGUGCCAGGUCCAAUUCCGGGCUUUUAUACCUAAAGAUCCUAUAAAGCAUCCCUAUGCAAUUUGGGUCUCUCGGGGCGUUCAUAACCAUCCACCACCACCUCCUAGCAAGCCUCCGUUCGAACUAAUUAAAGGAAUUUCAAACCUUCUUGCUAGGAUGCGAAGCCCUGAUCUUUCACUAAGUUUUUUCCUUCGAAGCUUUGAGCUCCGUGCAUUCUGCGCAAAAUAUGGCAGUCUUACAAUCAGUCAACUCCAUCAUAGUUUUGCGAAUAGAGAGAUUUUCACUACGAUCUUACAAAAGCAACGAGCCCUCUAUUACCCCCUUGGGAGAGAAAUGGGGGGAAUUUAUCAUCUUUUAGCGAAGGAUCCACAUACAAAGGAGUAUAUUCGCGAGAUCAUUGAUAACGAGAGAGGGACCUUUAUCUUUUGUGCACUUGAUGAACAAUUACAAUUAUUAGCUUCCCUUGAUUCAUGGGAGGUUGAUAUGUCGUAUAAACGGGUUCAAGGGAUAUUUAACGAGGUGAUUUUUGCUACAUUUCUACCUGACCACGGGAAAAUUAUAACCCUCCUUCGUGUAUUUACUACCGAAGAGACCACUUCAGGGUAUACUACUAUAUUCGCAGCUGCGUUUAAUUUGAUUACCCGUGUUACUGGUGUUCCAGUGAAGUUCCAUUAUUUACAUGGUAGUGGGAUCAAGUCUAUUGUUGUUGAUAUGUGCCCAAAGCAAAUGACAGAGCGUGCAGAUAAUUCGCAUCAUGAAGCGCGAGCGCGUCUUAUCGCUUUAAUGGAGUGUGGGAGUAGGGAUGACUACUAUACCCUAGGCGAUUUGAUCUCAGAACACUCCCCAGAGCUCGCUGGAUGGGUCCGGCAUAAGCAAAUUGAUGUGAUCGCAGGUGGUAUAUGUGGGAGUCUUUCUUUAAUAGACCCGAGGUUCUAUAAAGAAACACGAAGCCAUACGAAUGCAGUGGAGCAAAGCCACUAUAAAGCCUACCGGAUGGGUACUCGAGAUUCACUCCUAUGUGCAGUGUUAAAGUCUCGAGUCCUCGAUCAAACUGACGUUUCACAACACUUUGCACGUACUACCUUUGGUAUAAGGCAUUCCUACCAUGCUGAUGAUAUGGUAACAAGGUUUAGUAAUAGUCUCCGGCGUGAAGAGGCAAAACGACGGAAUCGCUACCGUCCUAACAAUGAUGAGAUAUCAGAUGAGGAUCAAGAGCUUUAUGGGUAUAACUCGUCAGGUGUCACCAUCACUAAGAAUGCCUUCACGACUCCCAAUAAUCUCAGAAGUUAUCAAUCUUGA